AGCCGAAGAGGCGACGGGCUCCCCACUGACUGUAUUGGUUUGAUUUUCUCUUUUGCAGUGAAGCCAUCAGGAGCAGAAAGUUGCCAGAGGCAGUUCUCAAAAGGUUAAAUCUGCUGCGCUCGAUGAUUCGAUGGUUUGUUUUCAUGCCUGGAAGGUAUCCAGAGGUGAUUCAUCAAACCAAGGUACUAUCGAUCACUAGCUGGACGGAAACGGCGCGGUCGCAGCAAAAUGUUCCGUAAUCAAUAUGACAACGAUGUCACGGUUUGGAGCCCACAGGGUCGUAUACAUCAGAUUGAAUAUGCAAUGGAGGCAGUGAAACAAGGUUCAGCCACUGUGGGGCUCAAGUCAAAAACCCAUGCUGUCCUGGUAGCUUUAAAGAGAGCGCAAUCAGAAUUAGCCGCUCAUCAAAAAAAGGUUCUCCAUGUUGACAAUCAUAUUGGUAUCUCCAUUGCUGGUCUUACUGCUGAUGCCAGGCUGUUGUGCAACUUCAUGCGACAGGAGUGUUUGGACUCGAGGUUUGUGUUUGACAGGCCACUGCCAGUAUCGCGUCUUGUGAGCCUGAUUGGGAGUAAAACUCAAAUUCCAACACAGCGGUAUGGAAGGCGGCCAUAUGGUGUGGGUUUGCUUAUUGCUGGUUAUGAUGAUAUUGGCCCUCACAUUUUCCAGACCUGCCCAUCUGCGAACUACUUUGACUGCAAAGCCAUGUCAAUUGGUGCCCGUUCACAAUCUGCUCGAACCUACUUGGAGAGGCACAUGGAUGAAUUCCAGGAUUGUAAUCUCAAUGAAUUGGUCAAACAUGGUUUGCGUGCAUUGAGGGAAACACUUCCUGCUGAACAGGAUCUUACCACAAAGAAUGUCUCAAUUGGAAUUGUGGGUAAAGAUAUUGAUUUCACCAUUUAUGAUGACAAUGAUGUUGCACCAUUUUUGGAAGGUUUAGAAGAAAGACCUCAAAGAAAGGCACCUCCAGCUGAUGAUGCAGCUUCAUGUGAAAAACCAGAAGAACCAAUGGAGCACUAACUUGUUCUAUCAUUUUGCGGUUUGUAACUACGUUUGUAGUACAUCAGAACAGGACAUUUGAGACAACUUAUAUUUCAGUAAAACAUAUGAAAAAUAUUGCAAUUGAUUAUUUUUCUUUUAAGGUUUUGUUACUUAUCAGAAUAAACUUACUGUAACACCAAUAAACCCUUCAUGUAUUA